AUGGAUGACAGCAAGUUCCUUCUUUCCCUGGACUGUGAUGACAAGGGCCCAACUGUCUCCUUUUCCAAAGAGAGACCCCUCAGUAGAGCAAACAGUCGGCCAGCACUCCACUCUUCUGCCUUUCACUUUCCGCUCUCCUUUUCCACCCCUAACUCCCUUGGUGAGCUCUCAGCCUCAAGUCUUGGCACCCCUGCAGUUCCCUCCUCCCCAAGCGGUAUUGUCAAAUCCUGCUCUGCUUUUUCUAAAGAGUCAGCUUUGCUUACACACAACUCCACACUCAACCUUGUUGAAUCCCACAUCACCAAGGUAUCACACAGAGAACCUGAAUUCUCUCUCUCUAACUCUGACUCCAAGCUUCACCUGCAACCCUGGAAAGAAGUAAUCCAAAUGGCAAAGGUCCAGGAUUUUGAUCCUCUGCCCAAGUCGGCACCCUCAUCACCCACUGAUCCCUGCCCAAAUCUGAUGGGCUCAGGCAGCUUGUUUAUGGCUGAACUGGAGGACACACGUCGCAAGCUAUCCGAGGCCAUGCAGGAGCCGUUCAGUAGGCUCAGCAAAAUGAUGGGCGAGGACUCUGGCAGUCCUAAAACUCAGAAAGGUGAUUUGUCAGCUUUCCAGGGUGGUUCCUUGGGAGACAUGCUGAUUCAGAGUGAAGAUGGAGUGGCAGGGCAGUGGCAGGAACAGGGAAGCCCACUGUAUGAAACACCACAACAGAAGAUAAAGAAAGGGCCACCACCAAGCUUCACUUCUGAAGUACGUCAAAAGCUUGGCACAGAAACCAGCCGCUAUGAGGUCUGUACCUAUGGAGAUGUAAUGCAGGUGCUAGAAAUUCAAGAACAUCCCAACAAAUCACAGCUUCGAGAACCAGAUCAGAAGUUCGUCAGAGUGACACCAGCGAAUUCUACUUUGGGAUCUUCAGACCCAAGCAAAUGGCUUAUAUGUGUGGGUUUACUGGCCUACAGUUUCUUUGUUCUGCCGCUUUCUCCCUACAUGACAGGACUGUCUGUUGGACUGGCGUGCGGGUUCAUGCUGGGCCUGGCAGUAGUGAUGAUGCUGGCUCCAAAGCGACCUGCAUCUGCACAGAAAUCAAUCUCCUCACUCGAUGACAGCCUGCUGAUGGAGUCAAUUGGCACUGAGCCAAGAGAAAAGCCGCAGAGAGUGCUUCAGGGCUGGAUGAACGAGAUGUACACCUAUGACCCGGAAACAUACCAUCCCUCUCUGUGCCACUCUGUCUAUGUCAUGCUGGAGGACUGCCACCUGCGCCUGGCAUACCCACGUGCCAACAUUCCCCACCAGGCCACUUUCAACGAGCCUCCUUAUGACACCACAUUUGUGCAUUCAAGAUGUUUUCGGCUAAACAAUAGCAAGGUGUCUUUGCUGCCAACUGUCUUGGCAAAAAAGAGGGUCUGGAAUAAGAAAUACCCCAUCUGCAUUAUGUUUGCGGAAGAAGUGGAGUGUGAGGAGGAAGAGCAAGCCAGCAAGGUAGCCGAAACAGCAAGUGAAAGUGCAGACGAAGUUCAGCAGGUGGAAAAGGAAUCCAGCCAGACCACCACUCUGUACCUGUUUGGGCGGACAGGGAGAGAGAAAGAGGAGUGGUACCAGCACUUCCUGUUAGCGCUAAAGUCCAAGAUCCACAACAGGCUCAGCCGAGACGAGUCAAAAAUAGAUGUUUGUAGUGCUGGAGGCUCCAGUCAGGGCAGCACUGAUGAUCUGGCUUCUAUGCUGGGUCUAAGGGAGCUGGCUGGUUCAGUAAGAGAGAAGAUUUUGCUGGACUAUAGCUCCUACAUGGCUCACUUCAUCACGUCUGAGAGCUGCAGCCUUACGCCCAGCCCCUGCCACUCCGAGCCUGGCAGUCCCGCUGAUAUACGCAGGUUCUCCAGUGAGCCAGUGGCAGGGUGCAGAGAUUCAGCCUGGAUUAAUGCCCUUAUUGGAAGGAUUUUUUGGGAUUUCCUGCGAGAGAAGUACUGGGCAGACCAGGUGGCUCACAAAGUACAGAAGAAGCUGAGCAAGAUUAGGCUGCCAUACUUUAUGAAUGAGCUGACGCUGACUGAGCUGGACAUGGGCACGUGCAUACCGCAAGUGUUGAGCAUCUCCAAACCUUCAGUGGAUAACAGAGGUCUGUGGCUGGAGCUGGAGGUUGUCUAUACCGGCUCUCUGCACAUGACUUUGGAGACGAAGAUGAAUCUGUGUAAGCUUGGCAGAGAGAACCAGUCUGAAACGUACAGUGUUACUGAGCCCAGCAGAAUAGUGGGCUCCAGGCCCAGGCUUAGUAUCAUUGCAGACAGUGAUGAGGAGUCCUCCAGUGCAGGUUCAUCUGAUGAAGACGAACCAGUGCUCUCUGAGCCCCGGGCCAGUCCGGUUGAAAAGAACAUACAGCCUGGGGCUGAUGGGCAUGGUGGAGGCAGCACAAGCAGGAAAAUUCUGCGCUUUGUGGACAAGAUUGCCAAGUCCAAAUAUUUUCAGAAAGCCACAGAGAAUGAGUACAUCAAGAAGAAAAUAGCAGAGGUAUCCAACAUGCCCCUUCUGCUCACGGUCGAGGUGCUGGAACUCUCUGGAAGUCUAGCUGUCAACAUUCCUCCGCCCCCUACCGACCGAAUAUGGUACAGUUUCCGUGUGCCACCAAGGCUGGAUCUACAAGUAAAGCCCAUGCUGGGUGAAAGAGAGGUCACUUUUACUCACGUCACUGAGUGGAUUGAGAGGACACUGCAGUGUGAGUUUCAGAAAUUCUUUGUGAUGCCCAACAUGGAUGACCUAUACCUGCCUCUUAUGUCCUCUGGGAUGGACAAUCCCACCAUAUCUCAGAAUUCCUCAGGAGAAUGUCAUGACAGGAAGGAAUGUAGAGACUCUCAGUAGGAUAAUAGUGAGAUGGGAA